AUGUCCCCGCCUACUAGAAGACAAACUCGCGUUUACACUACUCUCGCAUGCGAACAAUGUAAAAAAUCAAAGACUAAAUGUAUCCAAUUGACCAAUAUCCACGAGAGCAAUUUUCGCAAUAAUAACGAAAGUAAUAAGUGUUGGGACAAUAAUUACUCCGAUAAUAUAUUGGUCAAACAAGAACAAAAAGCGAAUAAAUUCACGAGCCCUAGUUCUACAAAUAAUUCCGAAAAAGGUACUUCCGGGAUCGAAGAAAAUCGGUACAAAAAAGACGAAAGAGAUAGUGAAAAAAAGAACCUUAAUGAAAUAGAUCCCGAUUCGAAUGAAAUCUCGGGGAUAAAUCAAUGCAAUCCAUCCAAAACCAAUGAAAUCUUGGAAAAUUCUCGAAUUGAAGCAAAUAGUUCGCAGAAUCAUCUUCCAAAUUUCCCCGUUUACCUAACCUUCACUGUUAACACAAACGCUAAUAACAAUAAUCAAAUAGAUGCUCCAGAUAGAUCCCCUUGUGAACGGUGCAUGAAGCGUAAUCUUAAAUGCGAAUAUGUGGUUUCUUCUAAAAAGCGUGGGCCUAAGACAAGGAAUGCUAAAAUGUUGGUAGAGAAUCUUGUUACUCGGGAGGAUGUUAAUGUUAAUUUAUAA